AGCGGCUAAACACCAUAGAGAACCCGCCUUUUUUAGACCAAGCCAUACUUUUCUCAGCACCUUUCGGCAAUUUGUGGUAAGGCUACACCAUGGGAUUUGACUGUGAGACGUUCUUCCCCAUCCUUAAAGCAGCAACAACAAUAACAUGUGGAGUGUUCGUUGGAGGGGCCGUUUAUAUCAACGUUGUUGAGCACCCAGCUCGUAUGACACUGGAUGAUACAAAACAGUGUCACAAACAGUGGAUGGAGAGCUUCGAUAGGGCAAGAGUAUUCCAAGGAAGGUUAGCCCUCUCUACAGUUCUCACAGGUGCCGGUGCGUAUUACUGUAACCCUUCCAAGGGACUUAGCUUCCUUAUCGGUGGUUGUUCCAUGGCAGUGAUCUUCCCCUUUACUCUGUUUGUCCUGAAACCUGCUUCUAUCGACCCAAUCUAUGAUAAGGAGAUCACUUCAAAACAGCCAGAGGAUUUCGUCAGAGGCACAAUCGAUAAGUGGAACAAGUACCAUGCUGUUCGAAGUGUCAUUGCAUUUGGUGUGUUUGUUGGUUUGGUCUCUGAGCUUGUCCAUGGCAAACCAUUGUUCUGAGCUUUUAAAAGACUGCAAAGAUCUGACCUGUAGCACUGAGACAAAGCAACUGAAUCAUGUAUACAGAAGAAUGUGUGCAUGUAAAGGGUGCAUGUGAUGUUGGUAGACCUGAUAGAAGAUUAUAUAAUUUCCAGCAAUGCAAAAUGAUUUUUAGAAUGUAUAGAAUACUUUUAUUCUUCCAUCAUACAGUAGAAAUGAAUGAAACAUUGCAGUAUCAAUUGUUAAUAAAUUGAUCAAAUGUA